AUGGCGUCAUCAUCUCCCACUCUCCUCAAGGAACAACAAGCAUUUUGGUCACAACACGUUCAUGACACUCAAAUGAUUUUCGAAAUUAAUUCCAAUCCACACGUGUCAUGGAAAGCCACUCGUUAUCCCAUGUUUGAGAAUAUGAGUUUGUAUGAAUUUAAACAUCGCAUGCUUGGUGCUGAGGUGGAUGAGAGUGUGUUGUUGAAGAGUAAUGAUGAUUCACAAAAAUUGCAUGUGGAAAGUGGCAUGUCAGAGAUGGACAAGAGAGCCAUUCUAAGAUUACCACAAGAGUUUGAUUCUAGAAAACAAUGGCCAUCAUGUGUUCAUCCCAUUAGAGAUCAACAGCAAUGUGGUUCUUGUUGGGCAUUUUCUGCUUCUGAGGUAUUGUCUGAUCGUUAUUGUAUUGCCACAAAUGGAAGUGUCAAUGUGGUACUUUCUCCUGAAUUCUUGGUAGAAUGCAGUGCUCAAAACAAUGGAUGUAAUGGUGGUAAAUUGGAUGCUACAUGGUUAUUCUUGGUCAAGAUUGGAAUUCCAACCGAUCAAUGUGUUCCCUACACAAGUGGAAAUGGAGUCGUUGGAGCAUGUCCUAAAACUGGCUGUACUUCAAAUCCCAAUGAAAAACUUGUCUUGUAUAAGGCCUCUCAUGCUCGUCGUAUUGUUGGAGCAGAGAAUAUCAUGAUUGAUAUUGCAGCAAAAGGACCAGUUCAAGCAGCAAUGGCAGUCUAUAGAGAUUUUAUGUCUUACAAAUCAGGAGUUUAUCACCACGUGAGUGGAGGUUUGGUUGGAGGACAUGCCAUUAAGAUUGUUGGUUGGGGAGUCGAUUCUGAAAGUAGAAAACCUUAUUGGAUUUGUGCCAAUUCAUGGGGACCAUCUUGGGGAAUUGAUGGAUUCUUUUGGAUUUUAAGAGGAGUAGAGGAAUGCGGCAUAGGCAGAGACGUAUGGACUGGUUAUGUUUAA